GAUGAAGCAGAAGUGAAUCCGGUGGAUAGUGCAUUAGCUACAACAACCUUCCAAAGACCCAGUCUGGGACACAGACUUUUUACCCGAUGCCGUCCGCGCUGGAAGAGACUGAAAAGGCAAUUGCAGGCCUGAGGCUGUCUGACGAUGUUCUACGGCAGAUUUCGGCGAAGCUCCUCGACCAAUUUAACAAGGGACUUGGCAGGGCAACACACAAUGACGCUGAAGUGAAGAUGUUCGUCACGUACGUGAGGGACGUUCCCGACGGUACGGAGACAGGCAAGUACAUCGCCCUGGAUCUAGGGGGCACCAACUUUAGGGUACUUCUGAUCACCAUUCGCGGAGAAACGUUCGACGUGGUGAGUCACGUCUUCGCAGUCCCUUACACGAAAAUGACUGGAAGUGGCAUUGAACUCUUUGACCACAUUGCCGAGUGUCUGAAAUAUUUCAUAAAGUCGCGUAAUGUGACAGGCGAUACUAUCCCUCUGGGGUUCACGUUCAGCUUCCCAUGUCAGCAAGAUGGCUUAAACUCGGCACGACUUAUCGGCUGGACCAAGGGCUUCUCUUGUAGUGACGUUGUUGGCAAGGAUGUGGUUCAGCUUCUUUGCGAAGCACUCGAGAGGAAACGCGUAACAAAUAUCAAGCCAGUGACACUCGUCAAUGACACCACAGGAACCCUCAUGGCAUGCUCAUACAAGGACAGGGAAUGUAGGGUGGGUCUGAUUGUAGGCACGGGAAGCAAUGCAUGCUAUAUGGAGAAACUGGAGAAUGUUGAGCUUUUCGUUGGCGAAAAGACAGGACCAGCCCAAGUUAUCAUCAAUACUGAAUGGGGAGCUUUCGGUGACAAAGGAUCAUUGGACUUCAUAACUACCCCGUACGACAAGGACAUCGACAAGAACUCAUUGAAUCCGGGAAAGCAAACCUUCGAAAAGAUGAUAUCAGGAAUGUAUAUGGGAGAGUUAGUACGCCGCAUUGCAGAGAAACUGGCUCGAGAUGGAAUUCUUUUCAAAGGGAAGUUGUCAGAAAAGAUGACCACAGUGUACGCCUUCAAGACAAAAUACGUUUCUAUGGUAGAGAAUGAUCCAAAGUGUGAUAAAGGUGCCCCAGAGGUUUUGGCGAAGAUGGAACAGUUAGGCACACCGCAAGACUGUGAAUGCCUGAAGCGAAUAUGCGAGGUGGUGUCGACUCGUGCAUCGCAUUUGGUCGCGACUGGCAUAGCUACUAUCUUGAACAGACUAAAGCGUCCGUCCACUGCAGUUGGAGUUGAUGGUUCCGUUUAUCGAUUUCAUCCACAUUUCCACAGGCGGAUGGUUGCAAAACUUGAACAGUUAGUGAACCCAGCAUAUAAAUUCACCGUCGUGCUGACGGAGGAUGGUAGUGGCUGUGGCGCAGCCAUUGCAGCAGCUGUUGCGGCGCGUCACAAAUAAGUGAAAGAUACAUUUAGAGACCUCGUGGAGUGGAGUGAGCAUCUGCAUGAAAAGGUAAAAUUUCAGGAGACUAUGAAAACAUCGUAAAUCAUUCACUGUGAAGAAAGUUUUUGGGCAGGUGCGCCUACAGUGGUUUGUCGCGACUCCAUUAAAAUGCCUCAAGCCAC